CCCCGGCGCGCCCCCCUCCCGUCAGUUCCAUGCUGCUCCAUCCAGUUCAUUUAAAACAAAAGAGUUUGAGCGCUGGAAGGGGCUGGGCUCAACUGGGGGCCACUGAGCGCCGCUCCUGGACUGGGGCUCGGUGCGGGAGCCUAAAGGGGGCGUCUGGACGGCGGGGCCUAGAGACUCUGGGUCCGAGGCGGGAGGGGUGGGGGCAGAGAUCCCGCAGCCCCCCGCCCCCCGUCACCCCCGGAGAGGAGAGGAGAUCUGCUUUCUUGGUUUUGCCUCUCUUUCCCCCCACCCCCACCCCGGGGGCUGGGGCGUGGGGAGUCGGGUUACAGGGUGUUUGGGGAGGGGGGCUUAGGGGGAGGAUCUAUCUUUCUAUCUCGCUUUCUUCCCCCCACCCCAGUUCUUUGUUCCCCCCUCCCCACACACCCCCCUCCUCUCCUCUCCCCUCCCCUCCUCUCUCCUCUUUUCCCUUCCACCACCUCUCUCUCUCUCCCUCUCUCUCUCUCCCCCAGCUUUUGUUUCGCCAUGCCUAGUCUAGUGGUAUCUGGAAUAAUGGAAAGAAAUGGGGGCUUUGGGGAACUAGGAUGUUUCGGGGGAAGCGCUAAGGACCGAGGGCUGCUGGAAGACGAGCGCGCCCUUCAGCUGGCUCUCGAUCAACUCUGCCUCCUGGGUUUGGGGGAGCCCCCCGCCCCCACGGCGGGCGAGGACGGGGGAGGUGGGGGGGGCGGCGCCCCCGCGCAGCCGGCCGCCCCCCCGCAGCCGGCCCCGCCACCGACGCCCGCGGCGCCCCCGGCCGCCCCGACGGCGGCCCCCGCGGCGCAGCCGCCCCAGCCCCCCACCGCCUCCAAAGGGGCGAGCGACGCCAAGCUCUGCGCUCUCUACAAAGAGGCCGAGCUGCGCCUGAAGGGCAGCAGCAACACCACCGAGUGUGUGCCCGUGCCCACCUCCGAGCACGUGGCCGAGAUCGUGGGCAGGCAAGGCUGCAAGAUUAAGGCUCUGAGGGCCAAAACCAACACCUACAUCAAGACGCCAGUGCGGGGUGAGGAGCCGGUGUUCAUGGUGACUGGGCGGCGGGAGGACGUGGCCACAGCCCGGCGGGAAAUCAUCUCUGCAGCCGAGCACUUCUCCAUGAUCCGUGCCUCACGCAACAAGUCGGGCGCCGCCUUUGGCGUGGCGCCUGCUCUGCCAGGCCAGGUGACCAUCCGUGUGCGGGUGCCCUACCGGGUGGUGGGGCUAGUGGUGGGCCCCAAGGGGGCAACCAUCAAGCGCAUCCAGCAGCAGACCAACACGUACAUUAUCACGCCGAGCCGUGACCGCGACCCAGUGUUCGAGAUCACCGGGGCCCCAGGCAACGUGGAGCGUGCGCGGGAGGAGAUCGAGACCCACAUCGCGGUGCGCACGGGCAAGAUCCUCGAGUACAACAAUGAGAACGACUUCCUGGCGGGGAGCCCCGAUGCAGCUCUUGAUAGCCGCUACUCGGAGGCCUGGCGAGUGCACCCGCCCGGCUGCAAGCCCCUCUCCACCUUUCGGCAGAACAGCCUGGGCUGCAUCGGCGAGUGCGGAGUGGACUCUGGCUUUGAGGCCCCGCGCCUGGGCGAGCAAGGCGGGGACUUUGGCUACGGCGGGUACCUGUUUCCGGGCUAUGGCAUGGGCAAGCAGGAUGUAUACUACGGUGUGGCGGAGACCAGCCCCCCGCUCUGGGCGGGCCAGGAGAACGCCACGCCCACCUCGGUGCUCUUCUCCUCCGCCUCCUCCUCCUCUUCCUCUUCAGCCAAGGCCCGCGCUGGGCCCCCCGGCGCUCAUCGUUCUCCUGCUACCUCCGCGGAGCUGGCUGGACUCCCGAGGCGUCCGCCAGGAGAGCCGCUCCAGGGCUUCUCCAAACUUGGGGGUGGCGGCCUGCGGAGCCCCGGCGGCGGGCGCGAUUGCAUGGUGUGUUUUGAGAGCGAGGUGACUGCCGCUCUAGUGCCCUGCGGACACAACCUGUUCUGCAUGGAGUGUGCAGUACGCAUCUGCGAGAGGACGGACCCAGAGUGUCCAGUCUGCCACAUCACAGCCACGCAAGCCAUUCGAAUAUUCUCCUAAGCCCCCUGCCCCAUACCUCCUGACCCACUCCCCAGGGGCUGCCCUGGAGCUGUUUUCCACUGGGGCCUUUUGGAAAUCAGUGAUUUAAAGGGCAAGGUGCUUAGAGAUACUCGCUAGCUGGGGAGGGAUAAGGGAAGGCUGUGGUGGCCGGAGGGCGGCCGGAGGGUGGGCCACCGCCAGAGCCUCUGGUCACCCUGCCCUGGGUAGGAGGGGGCAAGACCAGAAAUUUUACUAGAGUUACAACUCUAAUACCUCAACACACCCUUAAAUCUGGGAGCAGCUAAGAGAAACUUGUUUUGCCAGAGGUGGUAGCCAAGGCUGAAUCUCCUAAUCCUGAUCCCCUCUGCCCACCUCCCCAUCUAUGUGUCACUCUACCCCUUCCUCGGUGGAGGAGAUGGGGAAAAAGGAGAGGGAGAAUUAUCGUUUGUACCUAGAGGUGCUUUUUCCAAUCCCAAGCCCUCUGGUCCUGACCUCUGACCUCUUAACAUGACCCUUUAAACCCCCACCCCAUAUCCUGUUUGGGAAUCUGUUCAGGAGUUUCCAAAAGCAUAAGGAGGUUGGGGCCCUACUGGAAGGCUGCAUAAGUCUUUUGUGGGGGGAGGCAUGGCAAUCGAUGAAGGGCUCAGAAUUCAUCUGACCCCACAAAGCUGGGCUGGAAGAAUCUGGAGGCGUGGGCUCCCCUUUGCCCCCUUCAACUUUUCUUUUCACUCUCUUCUCCCCACUUUUCUCCCUUCAGGCUGUUCUUUCUCCUUUGCCCUUUUCUUUUGCCCCAGUUCUUCUCUUUGCUUCCCCUUGGUAGUUGUCUAUUUCAGCUCUUUCUCCCCUUUCCCUCCUUGCCGUCCUGCCCCUUCCAGCCAAGCUUUGGGGACACCGUCUCUGGGAAAAGUCAGGGGAGGAACACGUUGAUGAUCCCACCAAACUCCUUCAGGCAUCAGAAAGCCCUCUCCUUCCUCUUCCAAAGAAACAUCUUAAAGUUUUGAUGGAGUGUAUCUCCAUCGUCAGUGAAAAUUUGGGGUGGGGACUAAUACCAGGGUACAUAAAGGGUCAAACUUCCACCUUCGUCAUAUAUGGGCAUUACAUAUAGGGAGCAGUUCUUGGGCUGGAUUUUCUGGCUGUGAGUAUGGGGCGGGGGCAGGGGAGUGUGUCUGCUGUUUCAAGGAGCAGGAAAGGGCCAGAGGCAGGAGGAGAGGUUGGUGGAGGGAAGGGCAGCUAGCUCCCUCAGUCGGCUCCUCCUCCCCUGCAGUGCCCCAUUCCCUGCACCCCUCUCUGGACCUGACCUGAAUCCUCAUUAGCCUGCUAGUCAUGAAGUCUCCAUCCCACCCACUAUGGCUGAGGAGAGAGGCCAGGUCUUUAGAACGGGGUCAGUCUGGGGUGAAGCAGAAUUGGGGUGCUACAGGACCUGUCUUGAGAAUCAUGUAUUGUUACAGGCCUUGCACCCCCUUUCCUGCUUCCCCACUGCUCAGUUGGGGCUGCCACUGGCCUCUCGCUCUCCUGGUUCCGCUGGCCGGGCCAGGAGAUGACAGGGACGGGAGUCCCAGAGGGCCCCAGGAGAUCUUGUAUAUAAUGGGGUGGGACUGUUCUGUGUGAUCUCCGAGCACUUAGCUCUGGAGUCCCAUUCUUCCUGGAUGGAGAAGGGGUGCAGGGAUGGGGGUGCAGAGAGGUUUUACUCUUCUCCUCCCCCCUGUUGUGAAUUAUCUCACCUCUCCUCAGCCUUCCCCUCCAGACCACCAGCCAGGGAAGGGAGAGGAAGGAGGUCACGGCCAAGAAAACGAGCCUGUGACAACUUCCCUCCUUCCCACAGAAAAAUGUGAGCCAUCCUGAAAUGUCUGUACAAUAGAAACCAAACCAAAUGGGCACCCCCCGGUCGCUGGGGGUGGGUGGGGAGGGGGGUGGGAAGAAGAGAUGUCUGUCUGUCGAUCCCCUCCCCCUCUCCACUCCUUACCCUCAAAGGCAGAAGACUGUUACACUAGGGGGCUCAGAAAAUUCCAUCCCACCCUUACUAAUUGAGCCAAACCUAGAAACAAACGCAAAACACACACAGCGAGAGAGAAAAUAGAGGAGAGAGAGAGAGAGGGAGCGAGAAAGGCGACCAACACAGAGGAGAGAAAACAAAAAUAGCAAAAAAAAAAAAAAAAAAAAAGCAGUUCUUUAUAAUUUAAUAUUCUAUUUUAAUAAAGGCGUUUAUUACCAUAUAAAUGUAGCAAAGAACCUGGGCUAAUAUGAAAAAAACAAAAAAAGACUUUUUAUUAGGUAAUUUAUUAUAUUAUAUGGAAAGGAUAUUUUAUUUUAUGAUAAAGUGAUCCUUAAAAAACAUAAAAAAACUUUAGAAGGUUUAGAAUAUAUGUAGGGAGAGAAGAAGAAGAAAAAAAUACAUUUGUAUUCAGAGUUAAAUCUUAAAAGUGUUUUUAAUAUAUGUUCGGGUUUACGUUCCUUUUUUCCCCCACUUUUUUUUGGGGAGGAGAGUCGUUUGCUUUUCUGGAGGGAGCAUCCUGGGAUGGAUGGUGGAGAGGGGCUGGGGGAACCGGGUCCCUUUUGGGGCCCUGUGAAUAGAUUGGAUUUCACUUCGUGGGCUCCCCCUCCCUUUCUCCCCUCCCCCUCGGGGGAGCCGGCAGAGCCAAACAAAGAAAGGGAUUAACAAGGAAGGAAGAAGCAGAGGACUGAGAAUCCUGGGGUGUCCCCCCCUUCCCCUGCCCAGUCCCCAGGGGUGAGUGAGGAGGGGAAGCUGAGAACUGAGGCCCAGCAGGCCCAUGGGAACCCUCAGAGAGGUAUGAGAUUUAAGAGAAAUAGAUUUUUUUUUUUUAACCAAAAACAAGAGAGAAAGAGAGAAGAAGAAAGAAACCGAGGGGUUUAAAAGAAAAUACUACAAAAUAAUAAUUAUUAAUAAUAAUAAUAAUUCAAAUUUAUUUCAUAUAAUCCUAGAGAAAGAGAGAAAGAAUUACUAGUCACUUAGUAGACAAUAUUCAGAUAGCUUAAAGUUUAGUAGCAUUGAGGGCCCCUGGGUCCAGUAGAAUGUAUAAAAGUCAUAAAGAAAAUAGAGGAGGGAAGUGGCUGAGUCUACCCUGAGCUGUCCCCAUCUUCAGAUAUCAGGGUGGGAGCAGGUUGCAAGUGAAGGCUGGCAGCUUCCAAUCAGCUGGGGUUGGUUCUGAGAAUACUUGGGGUUUUCAAUUGUAGGACAAGUAGAAGAGGGGCUCCGUUCUGAGGGUCUUUGAAAAGGUGGACAUUGAUCAUCUCAAGCAGAUGGGGGGCUGGGCUGAAGGCAGCAGACAGGUAACCUGAGGACCCGGCCAUCCUGUCCAUCCCUCUGCCUUUGCUGGGCAAUGCUUGCUCACUCCAAAGUGAUAGAUCAUCACCUGGGGCUUUUAGGGAGGAUGGAGACAUCUGAAACGUCCUAAACCAGCUUCUCUCAGGCCUGAGGAAGUCCUUCUUAAUGUCUAACCUCAAUCUACUUCAUUGCAGAUUAAUUUGAGAGCCUGGUAGGUCAUUCCCCAGACAGGCAUACAUACUACUUUGCCUUCUCAGAGCUUCAGGAGGGCUGAGAAUAUUUGUCUUCCGUCCUUGUUCCCACCUGACAUUCCACUUUGCUUUUGCCCUCCAAGGCAUCAGUGGGAGUAGCAUUUUCAAUAAAUGUUCUCCUUUAAAGUUGUACUGUGCUUCACAGGUUUGCAAAGUGCUUUAUUGUCUUAUAGAAGUUAGACCCUAAGAAGGACUUCCCAUCCUAGGAAGUAAAGGGGAGACACGUCCUUGAUGGUCUGGGGUAAUUGUUCCCCAGAUAGAGAGGCAGGGGCAGGGCAGCAGUGACCUUGGGUGACCCCAACCCUGACCCUCUCUGCCCCAGUCCACCUCCAUCUAUAAGUGUCCAGGUAGGGGCCAUCCACCAUGCCUUGGCCUGGGGCACGUCACCCCCCUUCACAGACAAUUGGGGAGCCUGACUUUUGCAUGUGAGAAAUCAUUUUUUUUAAGCACUUGCCUUCUUCUAACCCCAGCUUGCAAUCAAGUGGGGCCCUUCCCUCCUACCCAGAUGAGGGGCAGGGAGGCCCCUUGGCUCUCCAUUUGGCAGGAGGGGUGGAGCCAGCUCUGUUACACCAAUGACCCUGUCGUGCCCCUCCCUGGCCCUAGACCCCAAACACAGAUUCCUCUCCCCAAUUUACUCUUCUCGCCCCACCUGGGGACAGAUUGCCCCCUGCUCUGUCCUAGAAACCCUCCUAGUUUGGGAUGGUAGCAUCAAGGGUGGGGAGGGGAUUGUCC